AUGCUCACAAAAUGUAGUAGUUCGAUUCACUUACUCACCGGAACCCGGUAUCUACCCUUUACCUACAUACUUAUUACAACUACAACUACUACUACCACUACUACCUUCGUCAACUCUUGCUGGUCUAUUGCUGCGUUGAUUGCAUCAAUUCGCCUGCCUGCAGUUGUGUCCGCGGUAAAUCUUAAGGCUGAGUCGUUGUGA